AUGUGCAGAGGCCCCCGGGGAAAAGAGGAGAGGGAGCGCAGCGCCCCCCUCAAGGACUACCUGGCCGGCCCAGACCCCCUCGCCCCCUCCCCGGCCUCCUCCUUCCUUGCGGUGGGCUGCAGAGGCCUGUCUGGAGACUUGACCAGCCUGUCAGAAAAAGCAAAUUGUUCUCUGAUCUUGGCUGCUGCUCUGAACAAGUGGGGGCUGCAUUCUUGGACCUUCAGCCUCUCGCAGAGCAAAGAGACCACAGCGGACCCAAAAUGCAGCAUCGUUCCCAGCUCACCUGCAGCUUCCUGGGCAGUCUCUGGAGCACCUGAGAAAGAGGAAUAUCUUCUCUGGGUCACAAACAAGCCCACGCUUUCUGCAGCUGCAGCCUCCUUACAGAAGGGGCAGACCCACCCAGAACCCGCCGACAGAGCCAAGGGCCGCCUUGCUGGCUGCCCCGGGAAGCGCCACAACCAAGAUGGCGCCCGCUGCCUGCCCUCCCCGGCUCUACCGCCACUCUCGCUAUGGCCGCCGCCCCGCCUUCCGGUUGGCCGUGCGACAGCCAAUGGCAGCGCGGCGCGCGCAAGUCCGGAGCGAUGGCGGGAAGGCGGCCCCUUUCCGCGCUCCUGGCCCGGCCAGGUAGGCCGGCGCUCGCGGCUUCUGCCUGGGAAGAGAGGCUCGCUGGAGGCCUCGUCGAGCAGCGCCCCUCUGGAGCAAGCGAGGCUGCUGAGGGAGGAGGCAGGAGGCCGCAGGGUGGCGGAAAGAGCCAAGAAACAGGCCUGUGGGCCUAGGAAUGCCCAGGAACUACAGGAGGCAGCUCUGCGACUUUUGAAUUGUCAUCAGAAUCUGAGUGAGCUCUUGCUGGAGGUGGGAAGUUCAGAAGGUGAUAAGCCAUUGUAUUCCUGCGGUUCAUGUAUUGGUGGCCAUGAAGACUCAGCUCCAGAAUCGUUUGCGGUUCCUGCUCUGCAGGAAGAAGCCUCCAUGCUCGGUGUGCCGCUAGGAGUCUUGUCAGCCAGAACAGCAGCUGCCAACAUUGAAAAGAUCUCUGGGGAGUCUGGGGAGGCAGUGCUACUGAAUGCAGAGCAAAGGGAAAAGCUCUCCUGCUUGCUUCAGACUUUGAAGGUUUUAUUAGCAUGCAACGCCUUCUGCCGUUUGCUGUUUGCUCAAGCACUAUGGAGAAUGCAGAGCCCCCUCGCCCUGGAGCUUGCUUGGCACCUGCACAGAGGAGGCAUCCUCAGCCUGGAAGAGCUACUGGAGAAUCAUCCAGAUGCCUCUGCAUUGGUGGACUGGUUGUGCAGCAGCCUCCGUCUUCUGUGCCAUCAGGCAGAAGAGUCUUCCAUGGACACAGAGACCCUGCAAGGCAUUCUUACAGACUUUGGGAUCGUGUUUCUUCAUAAUGGAUUCCGGAACAAGUCUGAGAUGGGAAGGAAAUUGGAAUCGCAGCCAGUCCCCUCUGAAAUCUGCUGUGCUGUGCUGGAGAGAAUGCUGGCAUGGGUACUUGAUACUGCAGCUAAAGAAAAACAAGAAGAUGCUUCUACAUUGAGGGCCGUGAAUUGUUGGCUGGGCAUGUUCAGCUUGACAGCAUCUCAAGGCACAGUUCCUUCCGAGUCUCUGCGGCAGUUCUUCAGCCACACCUUCACCCACGUCCUCACUUACAACCCUCAGAUAAAAGUUUCUGAAGCCAUCAGCCGCCAGCGGGAGUGGAGCUUUGCAAGAAACGGCUCCUUGCUCACCACCCUGUAUCAGAAACUGUUUGUGGUGCUGGCAGCGAAGGAGCUGAUAGGUCAUCUGCAGCAGGUGCUGGAGGCGAACGAAGUGAAUUGGCAUCAUGUGCUCUCCUCCGUUUCCACGCUGUUGGUGUGCCGUGCUGAAGCAGAACAGCUGGUUAAAGACCUCUUGAGCCGUCUGUUGAGAAAAGGCUUUGAGAACUACGACGUGGAAAGCUUGAUCACGGCAUUCCUAAUCGCCCGCCAGGCAGCCUUGGAGGGCCCUGCUCUCUUCAUGCCCUAUUCUGAGUGGUUUAAGCUUGCCUUUGGGAGUGCUGGUGGUUUCCAUGGCAGCAGCAAGAAGGCCGUGGUCUUCCUCUUCAAAUUCCUGUCAGAGCUGGUGCCCUUUGAAGCCCCACAAUAUCUGAAGGUCCACAUCAUGCAUCCUCCCUUCGUGCCGGCUAAAUACCGUCCCUUUCUUCUGGAAUAUAUCACUCUGGCCAAAACCCGGCUGGCAGAUUUCAAGGUCGCAAUAGAAGACAUGGGCCUCUAUGAGGAUUUAUCUUCCCCCAAAGAUGCUCUGCAGCCACACCGCCAGGCACUUCAAGACGUUGAAAAGGCUGUUCAGAUAUUUGAAAACACGGGGAAGAUUCCGGCAGUUGUUCUGGAAGCCAGCGUCUUCAGGAGGCCCUACUAUGUCUCCCGUUUCCUUCCCGCCUUGCUCGUGCCACGUUUGCUCCCUGAAACGCUGGAUCCACACAUGGCUUUAAUUGAUGCCCUCAAGAGGGCUGAAAAGAUUCCUCCAAAUACGUAUUCCAAGUUUAUUGAAGAAUGUCAGUCUGUUAAAGAGAAGUUCUUACGUGGUGGCUGUCCUGGAGCCAAGAUAGCAGGUGACCUCCGGGGGCCCUUGGAACCACUGAAGGCUGCACUGGAAGCCCUGAAACGGCUGGUGACGGACCAGAGCAUGCAAGAUGCUCUGCCUGCUCAGGUAGCUGUCAUCUCUGAGAAGCUGGCGGCGGUUCUGGGACACAGAAAAGACGAGGAUGACGCAGCAUCUCUGAGCCUUAGAAUCAAGCUUAAUCUUUCUGUUCCUGAAGUUCAGCAGCAGGAUCAAGAGGUUGUCGAUCUUCUGCUGACAGCGUUUUGCCAGACUGUAAUGGCUGCUUCCUAUUUCAGCCCUCCAGACGGGCAAGGGGUCUGGCCAGCCCUCUUCGUGAAAAUGGUUUGUGGACACCGGCGACUCUUGCCUUCCUUGCUGAGCCGGCUCUGCCAACUUAUCCGUCAUCAGGGUCCUUCUCUCAGUAAUGCUCACAUCAUAGGCCUGGCUGUCUUUGUGGUUCAUUUUAACGAAGCCAAAUCCUUAAUUCCGGAAGUGGACGUCUACUCCUGGGUUCCACAUGGUGUCACUGCCAGAGGCCUCCCUGUGGCUGAACUGUGGGAUCAUCUCUUGCCCUGCAGGACAGGAGAAUCGAUAGUCUUCUGCUUGCGGUUUUGUACCGCAGCAGUCUCUUAUUUUCUGUGCAAGUUUUCUUCUUUUUCUCAUGAAUUCUUAUGCGCCUCACUUUAUCCUGGUUUUAUAAAAAAGCUCCAGUAUGUUGUGCCACGUCUCAGCAUAGAAGCCCGAGGAACCGGCUGCGGAGGAGAUGAGGCUGAGUUUCCUUGGAAGUCUUUAUUCCGCUCUGCUGUCUGCUGCCAGCAAGCUGUCCGCUGCCUGUGGAAGCAAACACGCUUCAAAAAACUCUUGCAAGAGAAAAUGUUCCAGCUAACCCUCCAGGAGUGGCUGCUGAUGGAGCUCGAAAUCGACCCUGGCGAAGAUGCUCUUUCUGCUUCUGAAAGGCAGGAGUUCCAUUACUGGGCUUUGUAUCAGCACUAUCUCCCGGCCUCUGCUGCUUCGGGAGGCUGCGAGGGGGACCUGCGAGAGAUGUGCUCUGUCCUGAUUGGCUCCGUCCUGGAUUUCUGCCAAAGGUCUGAGUUGUCCAACUGCAGCCACUCAGAGAAGCCGAAACGCUCCAUUCCCCGCUUGAGAGGAAACCCUGAGAUCCACUGCCGAUUGCAGGAGAUGCUGCUGGAGGUGGAGCUGGAGCGCAGGAGAGCCCCGUCCGGCGGCCACGGGGAUGACAGGCACUUCCUCUUCAGGACGCUGCAGGAGCGGCUGAAAGCUCUGGGGCCCGAUUCUGCCGAGAGUGGGAGGCUGCUCCGGCAGCAGGAGCUGAUCCUCCAAAGGAGGAUUCUUUUGGGUCUCCCUCCGUCACUCCUCAUCACAACCCAGCAGAAAGGGAAAGAGAUCGCCCUGGACUGUGAGGACUUCUUCGGUUUUGUAAACACAGAACUGAAGAACGUCUGCAGCAGAGGCUACGCGCUCUCCUACGAUAUCACAGCUCACUUCUUCAGGGGCCUGCUGAGCGCCAGUUUGGAGUGCAACAGAUCUGCCCAGGAGGUGACUGCUGUUCUUGUGUCAUGUCAGGCAAGAUGCCCUGUACUCCUUUGUUCUGCUGCGCGAUGGUGGUGCAAACUGGAGCCUGUGCUUUGCUGUGAGUGGCAGAGACUCUUCACGGUGCCCCUGGCGCAGGGACUGCAGAGGCUCAAGGAGCUGCAGCGCUCCGUCAACAGCUUCCUUUCAUCAGAAGCAUCUUCUCUGGCCUCUGAUGUCCCCUGGAUUUCUGCUGCCUUCCUCCAUUUUGCCAUUCAGCAGCAAACAGAGUGUGAAAAAGCAGAUGCACUGAAGCGACUGGGGCCUGGAUCAGCGCAAAUCCUGGUGUGCCUCCUCUUCUUUUCAGUCGUGGAUUUCAUCUCGGCAAGGCUGGCCCCACAGGAAGGAAUGGAUGCGCCCAGAACCUUGGACUGGAGCUCUCAGAUAGCCCGGCUGCUGGAGGAACGAGGCUCGGGCUGGCUGGCGCUCUUCCUCUCAGGAGAGACGGAGCACAGCCUCGAUCCAGUCCUGCACAGUGCUGUGUCAGAUCAACACCGGAAGCAGCUGCCAGUCGCCUUCUAUAGCCUCCUCUUCACCUUGCACCCUGAACGACUUCUCCGAGAGCAGCUGUUCCUGUCUGUGGCUGUCGACAUGUACCUGCAGUUGCUGCGGCUCUUUAUGGAAGGCACAGCGGUGGUGGAGGCGGACCAGGCAGAGUGUCCUGUGCACGGCCAGGAGCCCGAGGAUCCUUUAGCAGUGAUCCACGCUGCACGGCGGUUCCUGGUUCAGGCCAUCCCGCAGUGUCCACCUGGGAGCUUCUCCCACCUCCACCAGUUACUGGACCUCUGUGGAGAGCUCGACCCUGAGCUGAAGGCCACCCUCACAAGCCGCUGGCAGCCCCCCGCAGAGGAGAGUCUGUCUGAUGAGGAGCUGCUUCUCUUCUGAGGAACGGGGGAGGCCAAAGUCAAGACGGCAGAAGCGAGAGCGAGAACGGCAGCAAGAAACAGGACCGCUUCUCCUGGGGCUGAGUCGGUCCAAAGUACCGCGUAAAUAAUUUAUUACAAGCAUAACCAUGACUUUGUUACAAUAAAAAUUAGGUUACAAA